CCGACCUCGACGACUCAUAGACUUUUUCUAUUUCAUCGAGAUCUACAGGUCACCUGCACUUGCUCUUUCUUUCCACCAUAUAUAGCUAGGAGGCAUCACGCAGGUAGCCGAACCGACCAGAUUCGGUGACACCGGACAUACCCGAUCGACCCAUUCCUAGUGAAACUGUGGCGAUCGACCGAUAUGCGAUACGAAACCUUCGCCUUCAGCCUGCUCGCUGUGCUGAGCAUCGCCUCUGCCAGCGAACAGCAGUACGGGCAAGGCCUAUAUGCUCGAACGGUGUCAACUAAGUACAGCCAAUCCACUCGUGCUACUACGUGGAUAAACUCGUCGCUCACCGCUCCCAACAAGAGGCCUGCAGAAUGCCCUCCAUGCUUCAACUGCCUUUUGCCCGCCUUCAAUUGCGCUCAAUUCGGGGAGUGUAACGCUUACGACGGUCAAUGUCAUUGUCCUGAUGGGUGGGGUGGAAUCGACUGCUUGACGCCGCUAUGUGGCUCUCUUGCUGAUGCAGAUGCGAGGUACCCUCGACCCGAAGGCGAGCUGUGUCAAUGCCAAGACGGAUGGGGCGGCAUCAAUUGUAACGUUUGCGAGAACGACAAGGCUUGUGCUGCAUUCCAGCCUCGGUUCCCAGAUGACGAAACGAACCGAGGAGGCGAGGAUACUGAGCGUGAAUCGGAAAUGGUCUGCUACAAGGGUGGUCUCGCAGUCCAGCAGAACUACCAAAUGUGUGAUGUGACCAACCGAAAGAUUAUCGAUACCAUCCCCAACCAGAAGAAACCCCAAGUCACAUUUUCAUGCAAGAAGGGCCCUACCAGCAACAUGAGCCUCGAUGCAAGCUCUUCAGAUCACAGGCAACCCCUUUUCGCCCCGUUUGAUAACAACAUGGAGCCCGAUGUCAACAGUGCCAAGGACGAUGUCGACGGCACCUGUUCGUUCCAGUUCUGGGUCGACUCGAUCGAGAGCUUUUACUGCAAGUUGGACGGUUGCGGAUGGGAAGGCAGGGGCAGUGCGAACACCAACAAGACCAACUAUCAAUGCAAGACUAUCGAAUGUGCUUGUGUAGCAGACCGUUUCCUCUGUGGACAAGACGGCAGCGUUAACAUUGACGAUUUUCUGGUAGAAGAAGUCAAGGGGCCCGCUACUUUCCAGUGUGAAAGCGGCAAAGGCUGUUCAUUCAGCGAACCGGCUAUGGAUCAAUUGAUCAAUGACAUCUUUGGAGACGAUUCGAUCACACUCAACUGUGAUAGUGGCGAAUGCAUGCAUUAUACUCAAGUGCCUGGUUACGAGGCUCCUGAGGCGCCAAACAACAAGGUCUGGGUUGGUCUCAGCGCUGCCAGUGCGGCUCUCGUGUUUUUGCUAGCUGCUUUCCUGAUGUGGUAUUUUGGUCGCUCCAAGAAGCACCCGAGGGGCUUCGGCGAUGUACAACUACCUUCCGACGAAGCUUCCAAGUUGAUGGCCGACCAUAUUCCCGCCACGCUUCACUUCGAGAGCGUGUCCUACGCCAUCAAUAACAAGGCCGUCUUGACCGAUGUUAGCGGUUCGGUUGCUCCCGGUCAGCUCAUGGCUAUCCUCGGUUCCUCGGGGGCAGGCAAAUCUACAUUCCUGGACAUUCUCGCCCGAAAGGACAAGCGAGGUCGAGUGGGAGGUCAGCUGUACAUCAAUGGCAGGACCAUCGACGACAACGAGCUAUACAAGCGGGUUGUAGGUUUCGUAGACCAAGAAGAUACCCUCAUGUCCACCUUGACGGUCUACGAGACUGUGCUCUACUCAGCCGUAUUAAGGUUGCCAAAGGAUAUGAGUAUCGAAGCCAAAAAGUUUCGCACUCUGGAGACAAUGCAAGAGCUCGGGAUACUUGGUAUCAAAGACUCGCGGAUUGGGGAAUCGGGGAAACGGUCGAUUUCUGGCGGAGAAAAGCGGCGUGUCUCGAUCGCUUGCGAGCUCGUUACGAGCCCCUCUAUCCUGUUUUUGGAUGAGCCCACCAGCGGGCUGGAUUCAUACAACGCCUACAAUGUAAUCGAGUCUCUGACCACCUUGGCGAAGCAGUACAACAGGACUGUCGUAUUCACCAUCCAUCAGCCCCAGAGCAACAUUACAUCGAUGUUCGACAGGAUGAUACUGCUAUCAAAGGGCCGUGUGGUUUAUUCGGGAGACUUCAAACGCUGCCAGGAGCACUUUGCCACACUUGGCUACGAGUGUCCUCCAGGCUACAACAUAGCGGAUUAUCUAAUCGACGUUACGACCAAGGCAGCCGGUGAUCAUAGGUCUGACCGAGGACAAGUAGCGGAAGAGGAGAGCAAUAUGGGCACCGCGGGUAGUUACGCAGACAACGACACUAGUGGCAGUUCGUCAUUCUUCGGAAAAAUCAAGACCAAAGGGGCAGAGCUCACCUCCGCGCUACAAUCGAACUCUCGGGACGAGGAUGUGAUUGUUCCCCCAUUGCCGGAAAAACUCGCACGUUUGGUCAAUGGAUACAAAGCGAGCGAUCAAGCCAAGAUCACCGAGGCAGAACUACAUCGACUCCACCAUGGGGUUCGGCUUGACGGUGUUCACGAAGUCACAUCAGAGACAACACCUUUCCGUACUUACAAGAGAGCCUCCUGGGGCACACAGUUUAUUACUCUGAGUGGCAGGGCGUUCAAGAACCUGUAUCGAAACCCUCUAUUGAUGGCAGCGCAUUACGUUGUCGCGAUCGUUGUCGCCCUAUUCUGCGGCUUCUUCUUUUAUCACGUCACAAAUGACAUUCCCGGCUUCCAAAACAGACUGGGUCUGUUCUUCUUCAUCUUGUCGCUGUUCGGCUUCUCUUGUCUGUCGUCGGUGGGGGUCUUUGCGAACGAAAGAAUUCUGUUCAUGCGAGAGAGAGCGAAUGGCUACUACUCGCCAUUCAUUUAUUUCGUCUCCAAGGUUCUGUUCGACACGUUGCCUUUGCGAGUCAUUCCACCAUUUGUGCUGGGAUCCAUUGUUUAUGGUCUAGCGGGAUUGAACCCAGAAGUUUCGUGCUUCUGGAAAUUCAUCUUGACUCUGGUGCUGUACAAUUUGACGGCAUCGAGCGUAGUGCUCUUCCUGAGCAUUGCAAUCGCCGACACCGGCGUUGCUAACCUCAUGGGUAGCUUGGUCAUGCUCUACAAUCUGCUUUUUGCCGGUUUGCUCAUGAACUACGACCGCGUGCCCAAGGGACUGCGCUGGAUGCAAACCACUUCUUUCUUUCAUGCAGCUUACGAGGCGUUGCUCGUCAACGAACUGCGAUACUUGCAGUUGGUCGAACACAAAUUCGGGCUUGACAUCCAAGUACCUUCAGCAACCAUCUUGUCAUCCUUUGGAUUCCACGCGCAGGCGUUCUGGUGGCCCGAUAUCUCCCUACUCUGCAUUGUUUUCGGGGUUUCCCUUAUCGCUUCAUACCUGGCCUUGCAGCUCUUCGUGAAGGAGCGAAGGUAACAGCGUGUAGAGAGCGGCUGUCAAGUGCUACAACUUGUAAUGGAUUUCACUAGCAUGGUACAAAUCCUGUACGCAUCGGAUUCAAUUGGCAUGGGAAAA